AUGUAUAAAAAAGAGCUUUUAACCUAAAAUGAAGUAGAUUUAAUAUAUGAUAGUGCAGUUAGAGGAAAUAUAAAUAAUUUUGAUAACAGCUUCCAUAAUUUUUUCAAGGACUAAAUAUCUCCCCUUUUAUGUGUAUUUGUUUUAGAAUAAGAUUUUUUUUCUUAAAUUAUAUUUGGAUGGGAAUAGCUUGUUCAUUCUGAUUUACUUUAACCUUUAGAAAAUGCUUGUGAUUAUUAAAUAAACAUUCCUUUGGCAAAAAUACAACUUAAUUGUACUUUAAAUAAAUAGCAUUAUGAUAAACUCUUGCAUUUGUAAAUAUUUGAAAAGAUGGUUUUAGAAGAUCCAAAUGUAAAGAAUUCAUGGGUUCGUGAGUUUUUACCAGAUAAAGAUUUGAUUAAAAUUCAAGAAGAUGAAAGUAAAAAUAAUUAUGGAGUGCGUUUGUUUAAUCCAUAAAUAUCGUAAAAAAUUAAUAAAAAAAUAAAAUAAAAAAAUAAAAAUAAUAGGAGUAUGCAUAAAAUACAUAUAGAAAAUUAAGAUACAUUAGAGUAUUUAACAAUAACUCCAAAUGAUUUAUUUGCAAAAGAAAAUGAAGACAACUAAUUAAAUUAACUACAAUUUGAUAUAUUUAAAAUUGACUAAAAAGAAAAAAUAAGAAUUAUUUGGUCAAUAUUUAAUUAAAGAAACUAUUUUAACAAAUACAAUAUUUAAAUAGAAAGAUUUAUUGAAUUUAUUUUUAAAAUAAAACAAAAAUAUAAUAAAAAAGGAAAUCCUUUUCAUAGUUUUGAUCAUGGGAUAUAAGUUAUGCAUGGAUGUUAUGUGAUUUCAUGUCAUACAUCAGCUUCUUAAAUAAUAAAAGAUUUAAAUGAAUUCGCUUUAAUUUUAUCAGGUUUAUGUCAUGAUAUAUCUCAUACAGCUAGAACUAAUGUUUUUGAAGUAAAUAGUAUGUCUAAAUUAGCUAUAAGAUAUCAUGAUAAAAGUGUUUUAGAAUAGCAUCAUAUUGCUACUACAUUUAAAAUUCUAAAAAAACCUGAAGCUAACAUAUUGGCCAAUUUAGAAUUAGAUUAAUUUCAAAUUAUAAGAAAAAAAGUAAUUUCGAACAUUUUAGCGACUGAUAUAAAAUAGCAUUUUGAUUUAAUAAAGCAAUUUGAAAUGAAAUUUUCUGGUUGUAUUUUAAAAAAAAAUAUGGAAAUAAAAUAGGAUGAUUAUAAAGAAAAUGAAAUAAAUUUAAUAACUAAUAUGAUUAUUCAUGCGGCAGAUUUUCAUGGAAAUUCAUAAGAGUUUGAAAUAAGUAAAAAAUGGAGUCUGUUAGUAAAUUAAGAAUUUUAAUAUUAGUAUAAAGACGAAUGUGAAUAAAAUAUUCCUUAAACACCUUAUUUGAAAGAUUUAGAUAAAAGAGAUAUUUUGGCCAGAAGCGAAAUCGGAUUUAUUAAUGCGAUUGUUAAACCUUUGUGGGAAUUGUUGAAUAAAUUUUUAGAUGAUGAAUUAUAAACAUCUACAAAUAAUUUACAAAAUAAUAUAAUUAAUUGGGAUAAAAUAAAUAAAUAAGCAAUAUCUAUAAUUAAUAAAUUAUUAUGA